CCGCCCCCAUAAACGGGUUAUAACAGAAGUAUUGACAGCUGCAUCCUCUGUCUGGGUGCCGUGAAGUACAGCGGGUAGUGAGAAGCAGACAGUCAUAGACACUGGAGUGUAAGCAAAGCUGCUGAAAUAAACUCAAAAUGCUGUUGAAAACACUGUUAUCAUUUGGGCUUCUACUGACUGUUACUGCAGUUCCACUAGAGAGUGACUCUAACGGUGUCAAACACUGGGCAGUAAUUGUAGCUGGUUCUAAUGGGUGGUACAACUACAGACACCAGGCAGAUGUAUGCCACGCUUAUCAGAUUCUCCACAGAAAUGGAAUCCCUGAUGAACAGAUUGUCGUCAUGAUGUACGAUGACAUCGCGGAGAAUGAAGAAAAUCCUACAAAAGGUAUCGUUAUCAACAAGCCAAAUGGUACAGAUGUUUACAAAGGAGUUGUCAAGGAUUACACUAAUGAGGAUGUCACCCCCGAGGUUUUCCUGGCUGUUCUGAAAGGAGAUGCAGAUGCUGUGAAGGGCAAAGGCUCAGGGAAAGUUCUGAAAAGUGGUAAAAAUGAUCAUGUGUUUGUUUAUUUCACUGACCAUGGUGCUCCAGGAAUUUUGGCAUUCCCAAGUAGUGAGCUUCACGUUGAAGACUUAAAUGCAACAAUUACAUACAUGCACAAAAACAAGAAAUAUGGCAAGAUGGUGUUUUACAUUGAAGCUUGUGAGUCUGGAUCAAUGAUGGUGGAUCUGCCAGACAACAUAAAUGUUUAUGCCACAACAGCUGCAAAUCCAGAUGAGUCGUCAUAUGCCUGCUACUAUGAUGAACUGAGACAGACAUACCUUGGAGAUGAGUACAGUGUGAACUGGAUGGAAGAUUCAGAUGUGGAGAACAUGGACAAAACAACUCUUCACGCUCAGUUUCAGGUUGUGAAAAAACUCACCAACAGUAGUCAUGUCAUGGAGUAUGGAAACAAAACCGUCUCUGAAAUGACACUGAUCGAAUUCCAAGGGGUUGCUUCACAUAAGUCUUCACCUCAGCCUCGAAGUCCCUUGAAAAAUGCUGGUGCUGUUCCUAGUUCUGAUGUCCCUCUGGCUAUUUUGAAAAGGAAAUUAAUGGCUACAAAUGAUAUUGCAGAGGCUAGGCAACUCUUGCAGGAGAUCAACACUCUUUUGGAGACAAGGCAACUUAUUAAGGGCACCAUGGCAAGGAUAGUGCGUAUUGUUACCGAUUCUUCAGAAGCUGCACAGCAGAUUCUUACCACCCGACAACGUCUCACCAAUCACAGAUGCUACCGGACAGCAGUGGAGCACUUCAAGACACGCUGUUUUAAUUGGCACUCCCCAAUGUAUGAAUAUGCACUUCGUCAACUUUACACACUGGUUAAUCUCUGUGAAGCAAACUAUCCUAUUGAAAGACUCCAGCUUGUUAUGGAAAAAGUUUGCCUGAGUCGGAGCUGAAUUCUAACUCUUCAAUGAACUUGAACAAAUGUGAUUGUUCCUUUCAAAUUCUGCUGUUCGUUAUGCCAAAUAUGAUGAAAACAGUGAAUCAGACUCUGUGUUUUGCCUUUUCACAACACAAUUGGAAAAUCAUUUCUGGUUGCCUUAGUCUGUGCAUCAGGACUCUUAAUCUAUUUUUAGAUUCAGUUUUAUUUCAUUUCUUAGUUUUUGGAAACACAAUUUUAAAUUUUUUUACUAGUGUAAAUUAAAAAAGUGUUCCUUCAGAGAGAAGUCGAGAUCUUUUUUUUUAGGAAACUGCUGCUUUUGCUGCCAGAUGUCGAGUGAUAUGGCGCAUACAUCACGCCAUCAAGUGGUGAGAUGUUGAAUCUUAAUUUAAGAUAUCAAAGGAAUUGAGUUAAAAGCACGAAGAGUGAAUGAGUGGAGUAAAUAUGACCUAAGACGUCCUUUAUCAAAUCCUUGUCUCCAAAUGUUUUCAUCACCAAAAGCACCUGCUCAAGUGAGUGUAACCUGUGGAAUGAGGCUAUAAACUCUGAGUGGGUCAUUUAGCUGGAGGACUAGAAGAUACCCCUCUUCCAAGUUAUCAAAGAUUCAGUGAAGAUGAGUCAGUAAACUGAUAUUAGACUCACUUUGUCAGCAGUGGAGGCUGUUGAAUCCUGUAUUAGCACUUCUUUUUAUUGUAAGGAAAUGUCUAAAAAAUGCUGUUAAUCUGGAUGUUCAUUUUUUUUUCUUUUACAGGGUUUGCACUCCUUUUGUAUACUUGUUUCAUCUCUUUUAGAUUGUUUUUACUUCAACAAUGUGUCAUGACUGCAUUUAGAGAAAUACAAAUGUGUUGUUGUCAUUCCAACAAGAAUAACAAUUGAUUGCACUACAAAGAAAAUGGCACUUUUAUGAAAAAAAAUAUUUACCACAUUUUCUUCACAGAAGGAAAUAAUAAAAUCUUUAGAAUGA